CAAACACUUUCAAAGCGUCCGAGAAAAGUGCUUGAGUUUGUGCAAGACAUAGGAGAUCCAAGGUGCUUUGGGGUCGAUGCAGACAUGAGCGAACCUGUAAUUAUCGACGAUGAUAACGAAGAGACGAUCGUCAGCUCGCCAGCAGCUGAAGAUGACGAGGAGGAGCGCAAGGCGCCUCGCGUCGACAUGAAGCAUGGAUUUGUGCGCACCAUUCAAAAGAAUCAGCAGGCUCGAGUGCUCUGCGAUCGAGAUGAGGAGGCCAUGAAGAUGGCGAUACGAUUUGGUCGCAGCUUCAAGACGAAUCCAAAGUCUGGGGGUGCAGUUGCGAAACGACCAGAAAGACAAUUGUACACACCAAAGCGUCGUCGCACUGCACCUGACACUGAUGAGACCGGUACACCUGCUGCAGCCAGUGCAACUUCUGGUGGUGAUCACCGCACAAAGGAUUCACCCGUUUUACUGCAGAUGGACGUGGAGGUAGCGCCUGAUGACUGGAAGUCGUUGACAGUUCGCAAGGCUGACACGGCUCAAUCUCUGGCCCGUCAGGUGGCGCUGGAAAACAGCCUGGAGCCGCGGAUGGCCGCCGCACUGGCGUAUCACAUCGCCGUCAACAUCAACAAGCUUACAGACAGUGUGUGACAUGAUGACAAACUCAGUGCAGCGUGAGCUCUCUGCCCAGCUGCCCAUGCGAGUACAUGGAUUGUGUUGAAUUGAGCAGCAUCAACCUGCUACAGUACACAACUAAGAGAAAAAUAACGUCUGCCUGGUCACAGUGCGUUGAUGCUUUGGUCCAAACAGUUCCUUGUCCAGCAUCGUGAUGGCAUAGUUGUAAGACCACCGGUGGCCCAUCUUUGCUGAUUAUGUUACUGUGAGGUCAUCCGGUGUCCACCGUGCACUCGUGUUGUUACAAUCUGAAUCACUGUCGGUCGGGGUUUUUUCUCGUUCAGACACGUCCCCGUUGCGACCAGCAUCGCCCGCGCUGGUUUAUCUCUACUGUCGCCUGUGUGUGCACGCCCACACAUACGCACAGACACAGUGCUAGCACAUGGCCGACUGUGUGUUUACGUGCAUCUGUGUAUGUUGUCUCGUUUGAUGGCGUUUAUUCGUACUCUGUGACACAAGACAGUUUCAACGCAGACGCCAUGGCAUCCACACC